CAUUCUUCUCCCUUUCUCCAUCACAUUUAGCCUAUGCAUGUUCCCAGGCGAUGAUCGGGGCUGGUCCAUGCUGCUUCCCGGGUUAAUUAGUAGUCUCAGCGUGUGGCUGGGAAGCAGGCACACAAAAGAGCUGUUUGCUGCCUGAGAAUCCUGAGCUUCCGCAGAGAAAGGGUGAACAGAGCAAGACACUGCAGAACAGAUACAUCUUGUUCUGGACAACAAAUUACUUAUUGUUCCAAACCACAGGACUCCUCAUAAAGGUAAGAGUAUUUGUCAAGAAAUAAUGGUCAUGUAAGUUGUUGAAUAUGGAAAAUCGUAAAUGUCAGAGCACAAUGGCCAGCAUAAUGGAUCAAAGGCCGAGGUCUUGUCCUCCUUCUCCUCAUGCCAUGGACCCUGGAAGUGAAGAAUCUGUUUAUGAAGAAGUUAUAGUCCCAGAUUUUGUUAACUCACGGAAGAGCAGACACAUGUCAAACACACAAGAAGACCAUGACUGUAAUGACAACAGUGGUGAUGGGGACUCUAGUUCUGAUUAUGUGAAUAAUACCUCUGAUGAAGAAUAUGAUGAAGGACUUCCUGAUGAAGAGGAAGGGAUCACCUAUUAUAUCCGUUAUUGCCCUGAAGAUGACAGUUAUCUUGAAGGCAUGGACUGCAAUGGCGAGGAGUGUAUUCAACAUGAAGAGAACCAUAUAGAAACAGAUGAAUGUGUGGAAGCAGUGGAAGAUGAAUGGACAGAAUCCAAGAUACAGCAGCAGCACUGUAUUGAUACAGAGACAGAAGAAGAAAAUCAGAUGAAUGCAUUAGGGGAGGAUAGUUCUUUGGAGGUGCAUGACCAAGUUGGAGAAGCCCAUUUUAGUGAGAAUGAGGAGGGAUACCAGGACUAUUACUCCCCAGAGGCAAAUGGAAACUCACUUCCUCCAUCUCCAUUUCCUAUAAGGAAAGGUGAUGGAGAAACAGAAGAACCAGAGGAGGACAUUGAUCAGAUUGUGGCUGAAAUAAAAAUUAGUAUGAGCAUGAGCAGCAUCAAUAGCACAACAGACACAAGUCCAGAACAUAAUGUCACAGAAAACGUUGCAAAGGAUCUUAAGGAAAUAUGCCAAACAUUGGACUCUGGCCAUUGUGCUAGCAGGCAUAAUGGAAGACCCAAGUCAUUAAAUAUCCCCUCUGCCUCAAAGCCUGCCAUUGAACUGCAAAGGGGCUAUAAGGCAAAAGCUAGGACUCCAGAAGAAAGACAGAAGUGGGUGCCAGAACAGGUGUGUAACAGUGUGGAUCAGCCAAGGAAACAGCAACGUUCUGACCUCAAUGGACUUGUUGACAAUAACAAUGUUCAGGAGCAGACAAAGAAGGUGGCAUCAUUCCCAAGUUUUGUGGAUGUUCCUGGCCCUUGUGAGCCUGAAGACCUGAUUGAUGGAAUUAUCUUUGCUGCCAAUUUCUUGGGAUCCACACAGCUGCUGUCAGAACGCAACCCAUCCAAAAACAUCAGGAUGAUGCAGGCCCAAGAAGCUGUCAGCCGCGUCAAGAGGAUGCAAAAGGCUGCUAAAAUCAAGAAAAAAGCGAACUCUGAGGGAGAUUCACAAACAUUAACAGAAGUCGAUCUUUUCAUAUCAACACAGAGGAUUAAAGUAUUAAAUGCCGAUACCCAGGAAACAAUGAUGGACCAUGCACUACGGACAAUCUCUUACAUUGCAGACAUUGGCAACAUUGUUGUUUUAAUGGCCCGGCGUCGCAUGCCUAGAUCAGCCUCCCAGGACUGUAUAGAAACAACACCAGGAGCCCAGGAGGGAAAGAAACAGUAUAAGAUGAUAUGUCAUGUAUUUGAAUCUGAGGAUGCACAGCUUAUUGCUCAGUCCAUUGGCCAGGCAUUUAGUGUAGCCUAUCAGGAAUUUUUACGAGCAAAUGGCAUUAAUCCAGAAGACCUCAGUCAAAAAGAAUACAGUGACAUCAUCAAUACCCAAGAAAUGUACAAUGAUGACCUCAUUCACUUUUCAAAUUCUGCCAACUGUAAAGAGCUGCAAGUGGAAAAGCUCAAAGGUGAAAUCUUAGGCGUGGUAAUAGUGGAGUCUGGCUGGGGAUCUAUUCUACCUACUGUCAUUCUGGCAAAUAUGAUGAAUGGAGGCCCAGCAGCACGUUCUGGAAAGCUCAGUAUUGGCGAUCAAAUUAUGUCCAUCAAUGGGACGAGUUUAGUUGGUCUUCCUCUGGCAACUUGUCAAGGCAUUAUAAAGGGCCUAAAGAAUCAAACACAACUAAAACUGAACAUAGUGAGUUGUCCACCUGUCACUACUGUCCUCAUUAAACGACCUGACCUUAAAUACCAGCUGGGAUUCAGUGUACAGAAUGGAAUAAUCUGCAGCCUUAUGAGGGGUGGAAUAGCUGAGAGAGGUGGAGUCAGGGUUGGACACCGAAUCAUUGAGAUCAAUGGACAAAGUGUUGUUGCUACAGCCCAUGAAAAAAUUGUCCAAGCACUAUCCAAUUCCGUAGGAGAGAUUCACAUGAAGACUAUGCCAGCAGCAAUGUUUAGACUUCUUACUGGACAGGAAACUCCACUCUACAUAUAAAAAGAGGCAGCCAUUGCCAUCCAUAACACAUUUGCAGGCAAGAUCAAUAAAUCUGCACCUCAAAAAGACACCGUGCAUAUGUAUAUACAGUAUAUAUUUUUUUUUUCCAUUUCAAACAAGGAUGCAAGGAAUCUCCAUGGCUGAUUGGUACUGCCUUCCUCUCCCCUUGCUUUUGCCAAAGGCAAUAACCAGUUCCGAGCAAUUUCACCAUUACUGUCACUGAGUAAGACAGUUAAAACACUUUAAACAUCAUGACAAGUGAUAUUGAUGAUAUUUAUUUGUAAUGUUAAGUAGUGUUAACGUGUAUGUGUAGUACAUUAUAAUGGUGAGUGUGGGGAUGUGAGCCAAGUGAUGACGGAUUAACAAUGGACUUCAGAAACUUAAAACUAAAAAUACCGCUUCAUGUCCGCAUUGGAAACCGUGGUCUCAUGAUGGUUCCGUAAAACAAAGGCAUUGUGUACAUUCACUUAUUUAUAAUGUUUUAUACGAUCAUUAACAAAUUAAGAAAUAUAUAUACCAUCUUGUUUUCAUGUAUUGCUGUAUGUAAUACCUAACCACCACAACAUUUCACACAUAAGUGCUACAUAUUAUUUUCUAUUCCUUGUAUUGUACUUUCCAAGCAUUCAUACAUGGCAUCCUUUAAGAUGUUAUCAAUAAAAGAUGUUACUACUUGCAA